AUGGUGUCUUUCAACAUCAUCUACAGUCUCGCGUGUCUGUUCUCUCUAGUCGCGCUUGCUGCUUGGAGGGUCGCCAAAUACGCCGAGAAGCAGCAGUGGUGGACGCUUCGCCUUCGUUUGUCAUUAUGGCAGCCAUAUAUCCUCACGGGGUGGAUUUCCUACAUAGCGCUCACCUUGAUCAUUGCACUCUAUGAUCUUCAGUGGGGUACUUUCGGCUUAGCAGUCCGACUUAGUUUGCCAGACCCUCUGAUUGCACUGCUUAUUGGUGCCAUCCUAAUCGUCGGCGUCGACUUUGCUUUGACUGCAUUCGAAACUCGUCACUAUUUGUCGAUCCGAUGGAAGGCUUGGACAGGUCCAAGUAGAACUGGUAUUCCACCGACAUCGGCGAAGUACAUUGGGACAUCGGAAGACUGGGUCGCUCUCGCACGAAAAAGCAAAAUUCAACAGCAUCCCGUUGAAAAAUUCGCUGGCUCUUUCUUGCUCCGAGACAGUCGCAUACUUCAGGAUCCAACUGACUUACUUCGUGCCACAGUCGCUCUCGAUCAGGACAAAAUUCCUCCAUGGUCGACUGGUUCGCAACAAGUGUCAGGCGUAUAUCAUCCCAUCGUCGAAAACCAAUCCGUUUCACUACUUUGGGGUGAACAUCUUGGGUUUCAGAGACGUUGCAGUCGCGGGAUCAUCUCCGUCCCUCCGAAUUUGCUCAAAACGUCACCUUUGCUGAAGUCGGGAUUGAGCGGGAAUGCUGUCUGCCUAGCAUACGGAAUUCUGGCGAGAAAUAAAGGCUUGGAACCUGCAUCGCUCAUCUGUAAUCUCCGGACGAAGAAUUCCUUUCGUGAAUUUGAAGAAAGUGGACAUUGGCCUCAUCCAGCGAAAACACUGCGAGGGUAUUAUUUCUCGGAAUUCAAUCGGACCUUUUCUCUCCUUGGUCCGUCUUAUGUCACGGCUGCAACUGAACUUGCCAUUUUACUCGCGGAUACGAGCCCUGCUUUAAUUGGUCACUGGUUGGAUUUGCAUUUGGAGCACCAGGAUUUAUUGUUCAAUCGAGAGCUACAUGCUUUGGGGGCGAGCGAGGAAGAUUUAAGACGGAUUUAUCGGGGACAUUAUGCGGCAAUGCUCGUCAGCUUAUGUCUUUAUCGUAAGGGCGUUCGAAUCCGCCCUGAAAUUACGGUUUUUGACGCAGUGUGUAAGCUCGAAGGUAUUGAGCAACCCUUCUGGGCAGGAUCUACCGAGAUGGAAGCGCGGAGACAGUGGGAGUUGGAUGAAUAUGGGCCUGAGCUGCAGCAGCUUGUGGCUGCCGUCAUCUGA